AUGGAUUCUGAUCAGCUCAAAGAUAGACUCUUGUUUGCGAUCCCUAAAAAGGGUCGUCUUGCUGAACGUUGCUUGCGUCUUCUAGACGGUGCUGAUAUUCAGUUCUCUCGUGCCCAUCGUCUAGAUAUUGCUCUUUCCACUAAUCUACCAUUGGCAUUAGUGUUUCUGCCUGCCAAUGACAUUGCUAUGUUUGUUGGUCAAGGAAACGUCGACAUUGGUCUCACUGGAAAAGACAUGGUUGUUGAAAACGGUACCGUUGCAGAUGAAUUGCUCGAACUCGGUUUUGGAAAAUGCUCUCUCUCUGUUCAAGUCCCAGAAGAUGGCAGUAUCCAAUCCAUUGAUGAUCUUAUUGGCAAGCGAGUUGCUACUAGUUUUGAAAACGUUGUCAAGAGAUAUUUUACUGCUCGAGAAAAUGGAUUUAACCAUGAAGAGACCGUCACGCUGUUGAUCGAGGAUAUCUUCCACCCAACUAUUGUGACAUAUAUUGGUGGUUCUGUUGAAACUGCAUGUGCUCUUGGUGUUGCUGAUGCUAUUGUUGAUCUUGUCGAGUCGGGUGAAACCAUGCGCGCUGCCAAGCUAAAGUCUAUUGGCACUAUUCUAAAAUCCCAAGCCGUAUUGAUCUCCAAUCCCAGAAAGCACGACAAUGAUCAGUUGGUCCAAAAGAUUUGUCGUCGGCUACGUGGUGUUAUUGAUGCUGAGCGAUAUGUUCUUUGCACUUACAAUAUCCGUAGAGCUAGUAUGGCAGAUGCCUUUAAAAUUACUCCUGGAAAAAAGGCACCUUCUGUCAGUCCUCUUGAAGAUACUGAAUGGAUUGCCAUCUCUGUCAUGGUGCUUAAAUCGAAUGUUGUUGACUGUAUGGAUGAGCUGACCUCUAUUGGUGCCGAGGAUAUUUUAAUUCUUGAUAUUCACAAUUGUCGUGUAGCAGACCAGAGUGUGUGUACUCUCAGUAAAGAGGAGUCUGGAGUGUAUUAA